CAGGGGCGAAGCGACCCAGCGGGACACCGGCUGCCGGGUGGGGGAGGCAGCGAUGUGAGCUGGACGCUCGCCCCGGAGGAGUCUGAACGUCGGGAGAGUCGCCGGCUGUGCCAGCCUGACAAAGUAUGAAGUGAUCCAUUGAAGACCUAGAUCUCCUGAAAUGUCUCCUAGCUUUCUCCUCUGUGCAGCUGCAUCUCCAGGAUCUAUGCUAAUAAGAAAACUAUCUUGGAAUGUGAAAAGCAACACUUGAAAGCAGUGGUUCUCAGAGUGUUGUGCUUGGACCAAAGCAUCAGCAUCACUUGGAAACUUAUGAAAAUGCAAAUUCUUGGAUAACAUCCGAGGCCUACUGAAUGAGAAAUUUUGAAGGAAGUAAACUUCAAGCAGAUUGACUUGAAUCUGGAUCUUACUUGGAAAGCAUAAGUGUCCAAUAAACUGUGUUGUUAUAUUUUAAUUUGGAAAAUACUCAAGUUCCAGUGGCUUAUCAUCCUAUACUUUACUUUCGGAAAUCCUGCAAUCCCAUGUGGACUUCUGGUAGAAUGAGCAAUGCAAAGAGCUGGCUUGGACUUGGCAUGUCCUUAUACUUCUGGGGAUUGAUGGACCUUACAACCACUGUCCUCUCGGGCACUCCAACAGCUCAAGGCAAAUUAGAAGCACUUCUGUCGCACAAGACACAGUCACAUCUGCGAACCAAGAGGAGCUGGGUUUGGAACCAGUUUUUCGUUCUGGAAGAGUAUACUGGGACCGACCCUUUGUAUGUUGGCAAGCUUCAUUCAGAUAUGGAUAGGGGAGAUGGAUCCAUCAAAUACAUCCUCUCAGGAGAAGGUGCAGGCAUCGUGUUUACCAUCGACGACACCACUGGCGACAUCCAUGCCAUCCAGAGACUUGAUCGAGAGGAAAGAGCCCAGUAUACUUUAAGGGCUCAAGCCCUGGACAGGCGGACAGGCCGUCCAAUGGAGCCAGAAUCAGAGUUCAUUAUCAAAAUACAAGACAUCAAUGACAAUGAACCCAAAUUCCUGGAUGGACCUUAUGUUGCCACUGUGCCAGAAAUGUCACCAGUGGGUACCUCUGUUAUCCAGGUGACAGCCACAGAUGCUGAUGAUCCGACCUAUGGCAACAGUGCCCGGGUAGUGUACAGCAUUCUCCAGGGCCAGCCAUAUUUUUCUGUGGACUCCAAAACAGGUGUAAUUAGGACAGCACUCAUGAAUAUGGACAGAGAAGCCAAAGAGUACUAUGAAGUGAUAAUCCAAGCCAAGGACAUGGGAGGGCAGCUUGGAGGACUGGCUGGGACUACAACGGUCAACAUCACCCUCUCAGAUGUCAAUGAUAACCCACCUCGCUUUCCCCAGAAACAUUAUCAGAUGAGUGUGUUGGAAUCAGCUCCAGUUAGCUCAACAGUGGGGAGAGUGUUUGCCAAGGACUUGGAUGAAGGAAUCAACGCAGAGAUGAAAUACACUAUUGUGGAUGGAGAUGGUACAGAUACCUUUGACAUUAACACAGAUCCCAAUUUCCAAGUUGGCAUCAUAACUGUGAAGAAGCCUCUGAGUUUUGAAAGCAAGAAAAGCUACACGUUAAAAGUGGAAGGAGCUAAUCCUCAUCUAGAGAUGCGUUUUCUGAACCUGGGCCCAUUUCAGGACACAACAACAGUGCACAUCAGUGUGGAGGAUGUGGAUGAGCCCCCUGUGUUUGAACCUGACUUUUAUUUGGUGGAAGUGCUGGAAGAUGUGGCAAUUGGAACAACUAUACAGAUCAUUUCUGCCAAGGAUCCAGAUGUGACCAACAACUCAAUCAGAUACUCCAUUGACAGAAGCAGUGAUCCUGGAAGAUUUUUUUAUGUUGACAUAACAACAGGUGCCCUAAUGACCGCAAGACCCCUAGACCGGGAAGAAUUUUCUUGGCAUAAUAUCACUGUCCUUGCUAUGGAAAUGAAUAACCCCUCCCAGGUGGGAAGUGUUUCUGUCACAAUUGAAGUCUUAGACGUGAAUGACAAUGCUCCAGAGUUCCCCAGAUUCUACGAAGCUUUUGUCUGUGAGAAUGCCAAAGCCGGGCAGCUGAUCCAGACAGUGAGUGCUGUGGACCAAGAUGACCCACACAAUGGUCAACAUUUCUACUACAGCUUGGCUCCUGAGGCUGCUAACAACCCCAACUUCACCGUAAAGAACAACCAAGAUAACACUGCCCGGAUUCUCACCAGGAGGUCUGGCUUCCGGCAGCAAGAGCAGAGCAUAUUUUACCUGCCUAUCCUGAUAGCAGACAGUGGGCAGCCAGUGUUGAGCAGCACGGGCACACUGACCAUUCAGGUGUGCAGCUGCGAUGACGACGGCCACGUCAUGUCCUGCAGCCCUGAGGCAUACAUGCUCCCAGUCAGUUUGAGCCGGGGAGCCCUCAUCGCCAUUCUGGCCUGCAUCUUUGUCCUCUUAGUGUUGGUGCUGCUUAUUCUGUCCAUGAGGAGACACCGGAAACAGCCAUACAUCAUCAACGAUGAUGAGAACAUCCACGAAAACAUUGUCCGCUAUGACGACGAGGGAGGCGGUGAAGAGGACACCGAGGCCUUUGACAUUGCGGCCAUGUGGAACCCCCGGGAGGCACAGGCAGCUGCUGCCCCCAAGACGCGGCAAGACAUGCUGCCAGAAAUUGAGAGUCUCUCCCGCUACGUGCCUCAGACAUGCGCCGUCAACAGCACUGUCCACAGCUAUGUGCUGGCCAAGCUUUAUGAGGCCGACAUGGACCUGUGGGCCCCACCCUUCGACUCCCUCCAGACAUACAUGUUCGAGGGGGACGGCUCUGUAGCAGGGUCGCUGAGCUCCCUACAGUCAGCCACCUCGGACUCAGAGCAGAGCUUCGAUUUCCUCACGGACUGGGGACCUCGCUUCCGGAAGCUGGCCGAGCUCUAUGGGGCAUCGGAAGGGCCCUCGCCCUUGUGGUGA